AUUUUUUUAUUUAAACGACGGAAAAAUACGUUAUUCAAAACUUCGAAUUCAGUUGUUCAGGUCGCAGGUGUUGUAAUUUAUGUCAUUAUAAAAAGAGACUUAUAAAUUAUUAUGUUUGUAAAUAAAUGUAAUUGUAAAGAGAAUCGUUUAUUAAGCGAUGGUCGGACUGUAUGCAAGUGCUCCGCAAACACGCAAAAAAUGGCCACCGACAGCUUUAAAGUGCCAGCUGUCCCCGUUAGCCGUCCACUGCAAAAUAAUACGAAAGUAAUAAAUGAAGCGAAGGACUCCUCUGCAUGUAUAAAGCCAGAAUCGUCAAACAAAAAGGAUGACAAGAAAAAAUCGUGGUCAGUCACCGACUUCGAUCUCGGGCGACCCCUUGGAAAAGGUAAAUUUGGCAAUGUUUACUUAGCAAGAGAGAAGGAAUCCCACUACGUCGUUGCAUUAAAGGUACUGUUUAAAAGCCAGAUUUUAGACUCCGAAAUAGAGCAUCAGGUGCGGCGCGAAGUGGAAAUUCAGUGUCGUCUCCGCCAUCCUAAUAUACUGCGUAUGUAUGGUUACUUCCACGACGAGAAACGUAUCUAUCUAAUACUCGAGUACGCUAAACAUGGCGCUCUCUACAAACUAUUGAAGGAACGUGGCCGUUUCGAUGAGAAGACUGCUGCUAUUUAUAUCAGGGACUUAACUAAAGCACUAAUAUAUUGCCACACAAAGAAAGUUAUACACAGGGACAUUAAACCUGAAAAUCUGUUGAUCGGACAUAAUUGGGAGCUUAAAAUUGCUGAUUUUGGAUGGUCGGUCCACUCACCGUCCUCUCGAAGAAUGACAUUGUGUGGAACACUGGAUUACUUGUCUCCAGAAAUGAUAGAUGGGAAGCCACAUAGCUAUGCCGUUGAUAUAUGGAGCCUCGGUGUACUUUGCUAUGAAUUACUUGUGGGCCUACCUCCGUUUGAUGCCAAAGAUACACACCAGACAUACAGGAAAAUAAGAUAUGUAAUUAUAAAAUAUCCUGAAUUCGUUUCAGAGAAAGCUAAAGACUUAAUGGGGAAAUUGCUAGUAAUUAAUCCAGAACAAAGGCUGCCCUUAGCACAUGUCUUACAGCAUCCUUGGAUACUGGAAAAUGCACCAGAGGGAGCUCAACCCACUGUAUAUACAGCAGAGCAACAGUCUUGAUGAAAACUCAAUAAAUUAUGCUGAAUUCUGAUUUAUCAAAUGUGUAUAAUUGAUAAUUAUGUAUUGCUAGAUUAUAAAUUUAUUAGUUCACAUAUUUUCUAAUUAUUUGCUAAGACAACAAAAAAGUGUUUCAAUACUAUUAUAAAACUUAGAUUAGAAUUGACUGAACUAGAUAUUUAUUACAUUUAAUUAAUUCUAGACAAUCAUGUUUUAAUGUAAUUGAUUUUAAUACAAUGUUCUUCAUAUA